AAUGAACAAGAUUAUUAUUUUGUCAUUGAUGACAGCAUAUGUUGUUGCAAAUAACUUUAACUAUUAUAGAACAUGUUCAAAAGCUGUUUGUGCUGUUCCUUACUAAACUUGUUAAAAUGAUCAUGCUUGUCAAUAAACUUUGGCAAUUUGUGAAGAAAGUAUAUAGUUUAUUAAUAGUUUUAGAAUGUUCAUCUGGAUAAGAGAAUUGCCUCGAAACAUGUCUAUUCAGUUCAAAUUCAUUAACUGUAUAGAAAUUGGCUUUGUGUUCAUUGAAUAACAUGUGUAUGAAUUCAGUUUUAUGUUAAAAUGAUAUCACUUGUCCAAUUACUUGUAAGGAACCAGCAAAAUUGGGAAAUGAUAAAUGUAGUACUCCAUAAGCAUAUGCUACUUAAGAAUGCAUAUCAGAAUUCUUAAUAUAAAUAGGUAGAGAAGAAUGUGCAGAGAGAAAUUGUGUCUGCAAAACAGUAGCAUCUUUAGACAUAUUUAUUGCUGGAUGUUAUUGUUGAAUUAUUAUAAAUAUAAAAUAUCAAAAAUGCUAAAAUAUCAAAAAUCUGAAUGUGUAUCUGAUUACUGUAAUAAUAUAAGAGAUGAGGUAAUAAUCUAAGUAUUAAAAAAGACAAUGUUUCAAUUAUUAGAGUAAAAAGAAUAAUUAGAAAUUAUUCUUUAUCAAUUGAAUUAAAUAAGGUAUUAAAGGAGAAGAAUUAAAAUAUAAUAUAUCAUUUGAGAUUGAAAAUGAACAAAAAAAAUAUUGAACUUGUAGAAGAAUUAAGGCAAAGGAAUUCUAGAUUGAUAGUUAUAAAGUAUUAUAAAAAUGAAUAAGCAAUUAUAAUAGUAAGUUUUGUAGCAUAUAUUAGAAAAAUUAAAAUUUUGAAAAAUAACUUUUAAGCAUAAUUAGGUAUAUCAUAAAUUGAAUAAGAAUUUAAUUUAAUUUGUUAUUAUCUAUAAAAAAAUUUAUAGAAAGAAUUAAGUAAUAAAGAAACUAUAUUGGGUAGACUCAGCAAUGGAUUAGAUGAUGCAAAUAUCUUAAUUAACUAAUUAAAAAAAAAUAUUCAUGAUAUUGAGCCAAAUUUAUAUAACAAAAUAAUUGAACAAUCAUAAAUUAAUACAGAUUAAAAGAUUCAAAUUUAGAUUUUUGAAUAAAUCUUAUUGAAGUAAGAAAUUUAAAUACAGAACUUAGUAAAUAUCUAAGAGUUAAAAAAUUAAAUAUAGUUGUAUUGGAAGAAAAUUAGAGGGAAAUUUUUAUAACAUAGAUUGAUUUUGAAAAAUCAAUUAUUAGAGAUUAAUUGUGCUUUCAUAAAACUUAUAUGAUGUCUAUAUUUUAGAGUUGGAAACACCAGCAAAAAGAUUCAUAUAUAAGGCAAAUGAGAUUAGUGAUAUAGAAGUCUAAGUAUAUAAAUAUUUCAUAUUAACUUUGUCUCAACCAUAAGAAACAUUCAAAAUAAUAAGAUAUUAGUAAGAUUUGCAAAUCUAUAAAAAAAUAAUAUUAAGUAUACUUACAGAUCAUUUUUAAUUACAUCUCAAACUCAAUUAUAAAACAUUUAAACAAAAUGAAAUUACAUUAAUUAUAUAUUUUAUUAUUUUUACAUAUUUAAAAAUCAUAUAAAUGUUAAUUCAAGUAUUAAUUGAGAAUAGAGAAUUAAUCUAUAUUUAUUUCUUAUAAAUAAGAUGUAAUGAUAAUGAUAAUCUAUGUUAUAUUUAAAUUAAAAAAACUAUAAAUAGUAUGUCAUGUGAAAUAUAAGCAAAUUGA